ACCAAUUGAUAUGUGGAGACUGGUAUUCCAACACAAAGGCGCCCGGAUAUCGGCAGGCUUGUUAGGCUUCUACGCGGGGUCUGAGGUGUACCUCUAUUUCCAAACCCAGCUGCUCAUCAAGGCUCGUCAGCAUGUUUCCGCCGCAAUGGCUAAUCCAGAUGACAUAGACAUCACCAAGUUCAAAUCCGCCACGGUUGCAGGGAUGUUUGUAAACCCAUUCGAAGAAUACCGACCACAAACAGGGUUUGAGUUCAUGUGUGUGCGGGUGCUUGAACUAGUCGAAAGCUUUUAUGGUAACCGAAUCGAAUUGCACGAACACCUUCCCAACCAUCAAACCACAGAAGACUAUCUUAAAGUCCACAAACCCGACUUGGAAAUCUUCAGGAAAAACUCCCAAAUCAUCCAUCAGUGUGCUACCACAAAUAAUUAUUCUCAAUUGUACAAGAAAACUAGACGAUGGUUCUCGUCAGCCCGAUUACCUCCACUCAGUAACCAGCUUCUAUUUACAUGGCUAGGACAAUCAUGUUCCUUGAUCCAGAUCUCAGGAAUUAAUAUUCUCACAGAUCCCAUUCUCAGUGACUACCUCAUCAUGCCUCAUGUUGGCCCCAAGAGGUUGAACAAGUCGCCUAUGACGUUUGAAGAUAUUCAAUUCGCUACCAACAAUAAACUCGACUUCAUUAUGGUAUCUCACGACCACCCAGACCAUUUGGAAAAUGAUUUGAUAGCAAAGUUUGGGAAUUCAUCCACUUGGAUCGUGCCAGUCGGACUCCGCAAAAGCCUUGCCAGAAAGGGGGUUUUCAAUGUGAUUGAAAUGGACUGGUGGGACCUGGUAUCGCUAAAUGAGUACAUGGACGGUAACUUGAAAGAUAUAUAUGAGGUGGUGUGUGUACCUUCCAUGCACUGGAGUGGUCGUUACAUUGUCGAUGCCAACUUUUCCCUUUGGUGCUCGUACAUCUUGAGAAAAAAUGGCAAGUCUAUCUUAUACCAUGCUGGAGAUACUGGAUAUCUGAAGCAGUUGUUCGAUAUAAUCGGCAAGAAGUAUGGACCGAUAAGCUUUUCCCUCCUUCCCAUAGGCCAGUACUGUCCUUCGUGGCACCAGAAACCACGGCACAUCUCUCCCGAAGAGUGUAUUCAAAUUUGUCAGCAAACACACUCAAAGUACAUGAUGGGAGUCCAUUGGGGCACUUUUAAAUUAAGUAGCGAGCCCAUAUUAGAGCCCAAGAACCUACUCACCAAGUUAAGUUCCCAGUUACACAAGCUUGAAUACUAUCGGACUCCCGAGUUUGGCUUGACUUAUUUGUUUGACAUCGAACACGACGUUGAGUAUAAAUUACACUAGAAAUAAAACUUCUAUAUACAUUGGGGAUAUUAAUUUGACGACUGGAUGAUCUCAGUUGUUGCUGAUGGAAGCAAUCUUUUGUCUUUGACUCAACAUCAUGGCUUUCUGGUAAGCUUGGAAAUCGGAGUCUGAUCUGAUCACAGAACCAAUUGACAUGAAUAAUCCAAAGGUUCCCACACUCCCCAUGAUAUAUUGUCCCAAAGUUCUCAUUACUCCAUUUGGACCUGGUCCGUUCUGCAAAAUGGAGAAUCCACCAAAUAAUACACCUACACAUACUCCGACGGUGGAUCCCAUCAUCGCACCCAUCUUGAACUUAUCGAAGUUGGAAGGUUGGUGUUGCACGUAUCUUUGUUGUUGGAUUGGUGGCAUUUUCAAGUAGAUAUCGAUGUGUAGAAACCUAUUCAAAUUUUUUUUUCAUGA